AAUUCCUUGCACAUGAAUCGGUAAGUAUUUUGAGCGAAUGAGGAAUAACCUUUGACCAUUUUGAGAGAGUGCCAUUGACCUUCAACACGUCACCUGUUGUCUUGGUAGUGCAAAAGCAGUACCUAAAUGGCCGAAGAGAAUAAUCAAAAACCUAAUCAAAAGCGUGUCUUAUGUGGAGUUGUUAAGAUAAAGACUAAAAAAGGAAAUCACUUGGAACAGUUCGUAUGAAAAGAAAAGAACGCAAUAAGAAUUUUAAUGACGCAGACAUCAACUUUCCAAAUCUACUCAUAAACCUACUACCAUUGAGUAAAUUUAUUCAAUGCUACUGCUUCAUUUACACAAUUUUCAUUAGCCGGUUUUGCGAAGGUUGUUACCAAAAGAUUCUGUUUACACUCAAUAUUGAAUUCAUACGUGUAACAAGUGCCUGCUGCUGCGGAAGACGCGCAAGUUCCACAUUUAGUACAACAGUGACAAAUAAUUGUAACCGUGACCUUUAACACCUGAUACGCAAAAGUUCAAGUUUCUUCACCUCAUAGUUACACAGAAACUAAACAUGGCUCUGAAGCUGCUUUUAGCAUUUGUGACAUUCGAUGUAAUUGUACUGACAUUAUCCGAAACCGAUUUAUUUCCAUCACGAACCUACUGCGGGUUCCAACAUUCUGACGAUUAUGUAAGAGACAACCCCGGAAUCUCCCUAGACGAAUUUCCAUGGAUUGCACAAUUGUUGUAUGACGAAGAUAAAAAAAUAAGAUGUAUUGGAUCUUUGAUUAAUCGUCGUUAUGUGCUGACGGCUGCACACUGCUUGAAAGCGAGAAACACAGUAAUAACAGGGAUACGAUUAGGUGACUAUGAUGUAACGUCCGAUAAAGAUUGUGUUACCCAAACACGCUUUGGUGUUGAAUGUAGUGAUCCUGCUGAAGAAUUUGGUAUUGAAGAACUCAUUCCUCAUCCAAGUCAUACCGAGUUCACCUCUGAAAACGAUAUUGGACUGAUCCGCGUGUCCAAAAACGUACAGUAUUCCGAGUAUAUACGUCCGAUAUGCCUUCCGGCGGCUAACAGCUUGGAUGGAGUAACACUGGCCGUAUCUGGCUGGGGACUCACGGAAUAUAGGGGAAAAUCGGCAAAAAUAAAAAAGAAGAUUUCGGCGAAAUUACUUCCUUUAGACACCUGUCGUACAGUUUACAAUAAGGCUGGAAAACUUCUUACCACAAACCAUUUGUGCGUGUCAGAGGAUAAGAACACUUUUACUUGUCAAGGUGAUAGUGGAGGUCCUUUAAUGCUCUCCGUAAGGAAUCAGUGGGAAGGUGUUGGAGUGGUUUCAUUUGGGACAAGUUACUGUGGACCCGACUAUCCUGUUGUCUAUACAAAAGUAUCCAGUUAUCUAGAUUGGAUUAGACAGAAUGUUCGUAAAUAAUAGUUUAUAGUGAAAUGCCAUCUUUGUAGACAAUUCAAUUAGUAGCGAUAACACUAGUGUCCAUACUACUAUAACAAAGAUAAAAGUGAAGAAAUUGACCAAAAGGGCGUUUCUGAACCAGACACUACAUAUUUUUUUAAUUCAUUCACUACCUUUUUUUUAAUUUAUUGUCCCUCUCUUGUUCGGGGACCUCAACAGACUUUCGCUAAUUUCACGAUUGUCAUGGAAAUGUCACUUAACGUUUGCGUAUAAAAAUCAGUCUUUGUGAAUAAAACGAUUUCCGUUGAAAAA